CAGACAUCCAUUUUCGUGAGGUCCACCUAUAAGUUACCAUGUAUGAGGACUGCAUGAAGUCCACAGAAGACUAUUACCUCUUCUGUGACAAUGAGGGGCCAUGGGGCAUUGUGCUGGAGUCCUUGGCAGUGAUUGGCAUAGUAGUUACAAUAUUGCUGCUCCUGGCAUUUCUCUUCCUCAUGCGGAAGGUGCAGGACUGCAGCCAGUGGAACGUGCUUCCUACCCAGUUCCUCUUCCUGCUGGGGGUGCUGGGGCUCUUCGGACUUGCUUUUGCCUUCAUCAUCCAGCUCAACCAACGAACUGCCCCUGUUCGCUACUUCCUCUUUGGGGUUCUCUUUGCUAUCUGCUUCUCCUGCCUCUUGGCUCAUGCCUCCAACCUGGUGAAGCUGGUCCGGGGUAGAGUCUCCUUCUGCUGGACCACAAUUCUGUUCAUUGCUAUUGGUGUCAGCCUGUUGCAGAUCAUCCUUGCGAUAGAGUAUGUGACCCUCAUCAUGACAAGAGGUUUGAUGUUCGUGCACAUGACACCCUAUCAGCUCAAUGUGGACUUUGUCUGUCUCCUGAUCUAUGUCCUCUUGCUGAUGGCCCUUACAUUCUUUGUCUCCAAGGCCACCUUCUGUGGCCCAUGUGAGAACUGGAAGCAGCACGGAAGGCUCAUCUUUGCCACUGUGCUGGUCUCCAUCAUUAUCUGGGUGGUGUGGAUCUCCAUGCUCCUGAGAGGCAACCCUCAGCUCCAGCGGCAGCCACAGUGGGACGACGCGGUCAUCUGCAUUGGCCUGGUCACCAAUGCGUGGGUUUUCCUGCUGCUCUAUAUCAUCCCUGAGCUGUCCAUCCUCUACAGAUCGUGUAGACAGGAGUGUCCUCCGCAAGGCAGCGCAUGCCAGGUCCCAGUCUACCAACGCAGCUUCAGGAUGGAGAACCAGGAACUCUCCAGAGCCCGAGACAGUGAUGGAGCUGAGGAGGAUGUAGCUCUAACUGCACAUGGUACUCCCAUUCAGCUGCAGACUGUUGAUCCCAGCCAGGAGUAUCUCAUCCCACGAGCUACGCUAAGCCCACAGCAAGAUGCAGGAUUAUAGAGCUACCUGAAACAGAAUAAACACAACUGGGAAGACUGUGUCCUGACCAACACAACCCUAACAGUCCCAGGAGAACUCACUGGACACACUGUCAAUGAAGUGUCCAUCCUGUCUGUCCCGCUGUUUCCUUGCCCUUCUGGACCCAUCUUCUGAAGUCAGCCCUGUCCUGCAUAAUUACAAUCUUGUUGCCACCCUACUUUACUGUGUCUUCUGCAUUUAUUGAACUACAUUUUUGUCUUUCUUAGCAAUGCUUGGAAGAAUUAGUGUCUCCUAUUAAUGGGGCUGAAAUAAACAGCUCGGUGUGAAGAGAUGGGGGUCAUUCUAAUGUGACGAAGAAUGGAGACUAGCUGCCACUCGGAACUGGAGUGCACCUCUGGUUGUUCUUCAACCGUACUAAAAACCAUGCCUAGCGAAUGCUACCAGCUUAACUGUGCGUAACAGUUCAGUUCAAGCCCGGCACAGUGGCGCAUGCCUGGAAUCACAGCACUAGUUACCUGUAGAUUGUGUGGUAAGUAGUUUCAACUUGUCCUUGGUGAAUCUGCAGUCAAGCUGGGACAACUAAGAUCCUGUCUCAAAAAAACAAACAAAACAGUUCAGUCCAGUACUAUUAACUACGUUCACAUUGCUGUAUUUGGAAGGUUUCUAGAAAUUUCUCACUUAGAAAACCUGA